UUUCCAACCUUUUAAACAACCCUGUUGCCUGUUAUUGAGCUGACUUUUUGCUCUAAGUGCUAGAAUUCAUUGUGGUGGGACAUCUUUCUCUGAGAAAUAAAUAAAAUGGAACAUAAUGGGUCUGCUUCAAAUGCUGAUAAAAUUAACCAGAAUCGCCUGUCAAGUGUUACAGAAGAUGAAGACCAAGAUGCUGCUCUUACCAUUGUGACUGUGCUGGACAAAGUAGCUUCUGUUGUGGACAGUGUGCAGGCAAGCCAGAAGAGAAUAGAAGAGAGACACAGGGAAAUGGAAAAUGCAGUAAAAUCCGUCCAGAUUGACUUAUUGAAGCUUUCACAGUCACAUAGCAAUACUGGCUAUAUCAUUAACAAGUUGUUUGAGAAAACCCGAAAAGUCAGUGCUCACAUUAAAGAUGUGAAGGCCCGGGUGGAGAAGCAACAAAUUCAUGUUAAAAAAGUUGAAACCAAGCAAGAGGAAAUAAUGAAGAAAAACAAAUUCCGCGUGGUAAUAUUCCAGGAGGAGAUUCAGUGUCCGACAUCCCUGUCUAUUGUUAAAGACAGAAACCCACCUGAGAGUCAGGAGGAGGAGGAGGACGUCCUUGAUCCUCCAGUAGAUCUUUCUUCAGAUGAAGAAUAUUAUGUUGAAGAAAGCAGAUCUGCCAGACUUAAAAAGUCAGGCAAGGAGCGCAUUGACAAUAUCAAAAAGACAUUUUCCAAAGAAAACAUGCAGAAGACACGGCAGAAUUUGGACAAGAAAGUGAACAGAAUUAGAACUAGAAUAGUGACCCCGGAGAGGAGAGAGAGGCUGAGACAGUCAGGAGAAAGGCUGAGGCAGUCAGGAGAAAGAUUUAAGAAAUCCAUUUCUAAUGCAGCUCCCUCAAAGGAAGCUUUUAAGAUGCGUAGCCUUAGGAAAGCUAAGGACCGAACUGUGGCUGAAGGUCAGGAAGGUGACAGGGAGACCGGUGUGGACAUCAUUGCCAGGAGCGAGUCUCUGGGCCCCAUCAGUGAGCUCUAUGAGCUCAGUGACACAGAAGUCGAGGCGGCCAGGGCAGCCUACCCUCCCCAGGAAAGAGGGGAAAUCCUCACCCCUGAGCCUUUAAAAGUUACUUUCAAACCUCAGGUGAAAGUAGAGGAUGAUGAAUCAUUUUUGUUAGAUUUAAAACAGUCAUCCUAAAGAGGAAUUAAGUAUAUUGUAAGUAUAAAUCUUAAAUCAUGCAGUUCUAGUUUGAAUAGUGUAAUUAUUUACAUUUACAUACCAUAUAGGAAAACAAAGCUAUGGCUGUUUCAUGUCUUAUGUUUAAAAUUAUAAGGAUAAUAUUAUAUCCAUUUCCCUGUAACUUCCUUAGGAAUUUUUUUCCCUUGAGCAUAUAUGAUUCUAGUAGCUUUUUCUCUUACGUCACUCUCAUGGCAGCUGUAGAUUUUUAAGUUCCUUUCUCUUGUCCACCAGAAAAAUAGUUUCCUAGCUCUGGCCAGCUAGAUGUUUGGUCAUUCAAAACAAUUGAAGGGAAAUUUAUGGCCAUUACUUGUAAGGGAACUCGAAAUUUUGGUCUAGAUUAAUGUUGUGGCCAACCUCAAAGGGGCAUAACUAAUGUGUGGAUUAUGUCAUCCAGAUGUUCAACAGAUUUGUUAGUAAAUUAGCAAUCAUGUGCCUUGUCAAUGCUUUUGCAUAAGAAAAUUGCAAGUUCUGGCCUUGAGCAUCUGGCUCUAGCAUCACAGCUUUACUUGUAGCAAAAUAGAUUUACUUGGCAAUCAUCUGCUUUUUCCAAUCUAUAAAAAUGGCGAGGGUUAGCCUGUCCUGCCAGUCUCAGAGGACUGCUGUGAAGAUCAAAGGAAACGUUAUACAUUGUAGGGAAACCAGAAGCACAUCCAGAGGAAACAAGCCCCACGGUUUCCUCAAAAACAGAAUCGAAAUAAUUACACCUUCUGAAAAAGCCUUCAGCACCAAGCAGUGAAGUCCUAGGCUGGAAGAAACUAAAGUUGGUUUUCAGAAGGCUUUUCAUAGAAUCAGGAGUUAAAAGAUAAAUGUUUGGAUGACCACUUUUUAGUUAAAGACUAACCAAACCUUGGGUUUUAGCUGGGUCGUAACAUGUCCCCUGGAAAAUCCCUUUCUAAUUUUCUUUUGAUUUAGGUCUGUGGUGGACUAUAUAUAGCAACAUUUGUUCAAGGAGCAUGAGGCAUAAAACUGGCUAUGUUACCAAGUGGCCUUUCUAAAGUCAGCCUUGAUGCAGUGGGUUUGGAAAUGACCUCAAAUACUUAUGUUUCCAGAGUGAACCCUUCAGGGCCCAACUGUCCAAAACAGUGUUGUUCGUAGGAGUUCAUCAUAACUGCUUUGGGAGGAAGCCAGACUCCAUUUAUCUGUUAGCUCUUGAUCUGUCCAAUCAGGAAGUACAUGCUGUUACUAAAGAAAGAGAAGUGGUCAUACUGUACUUCUAUCACAUUUAAGUCUUUUGGUUUUGUAAUAGGGAAGAAAUGAUGAAAUUGUCAAAUUUGAAGAAUUUGGACAACAAUCAUCUAUUUCAUGUUUUUUUUCUCACUUUCAGAUAGUUUUGGAUAAUCAUGUAGUAGUUUAAAAUAGUGAAUGCACACAUGUACACACAGACACACACAAGUCAGCUUUAAAAUAUUUGACUCAGUUACCCACAUGUUUGGGUUUGGCAGUUUGAUUCAGCAUCAUUUCUUCUUCACUCUGCAUUAACAUAAAAUCACAAAUCAUUCAUUUUGUUAUCUUUUUAUGUUGAAAACUAAAGUGUAUACAACGUUGAAUACUUUGGAAAGAAUAAUUAAGUACAUGUUUUUAUUACAGCUUAGAAAAAGCUUGGAUGCCUAGUCCUAUAAUUCUUUAAGAGCCAUAAUAAAUUAGAAUUUAAAGAUAUUAUUACAAA